ACCCCCCCCCACCUCGGUAAGGUCACGUGAGGGUGACGUUCGUGUGCCGGUGCCGGAUAGGAUCGCACUCAGCCGUCGGGGUGUCGGUAGUCAUUGCGGGAAGGACCGAGAGAGUGGGAGAGUAUGUCUGGCAGUGGCGAGGGGUGCACAAUGGGCGAGUCAAAAGAUCAGAUCGAUUGCGAGCCGACUGUAAAUUAUAUAACGAUGGAAGCAGUGAAGACCCACAACAGCAGCAAGUCCACAUGGCUUGUGAUACACGACAAAGUGUACGAUGUCACUAAAUUUCUGGAGGAGCAUCCUGGUGGUGAGGAGGUACUCUUUGAACAAGCUGGAGGAGAUGCCACAGAAAGUUUUGAAGAUGUUGGACAUUCAUCUGAUGCCAGAGAGAUGCUGAAGCAGUAUUUUAUUGGAGAACUUGAUUUGGCUGAUCGAAGAAAGGAAUAUUCCAAGGAUGUUUUAAUCACAACAACAUCAAGCCAUUCCAGUUGGUGGACAAACUGGCUGAUUCCUGCCUUUGCAGCUGGCGUUGUAGGACUCAUGUAUCGCUUCUACCUAACAGAGACCAAAAGUUCAUCCUGAGGCAUUUUAGUCUUUUUUUUUCUCAUGGAUUGGGAGGAACAAGGUGUCUACUGAGUGAUGCCAUUAACACCCAUGUCUUCAAAGUUUUAUUGGUGAUAAUUGAAUAAUGUACAAUUAUGUAUUUAAUUUCAUUGCUUGCCUAUAAUAAGUUUUUCCUAUUCUGUGCACUAAUUAGUGAAGUAUAUUAUGUUUAAGGAUUUAGAAGGAGUGUACAGCCUACAGCAGCAUUGAAACCAUUUCUCUGGUGAUAGUAGUUUCACUAAGUUCCUCUCCUCUUUUUCUAACCUCUAUGGUUAAAAUAGAAGCAAAAUUGUUGUUAAUUUCAUUGUAUUUUCUUACUUACAAUUAACUCCUCAUUCUCACUGGUGUUCAAAUUUUCCAAUUCAACAAUGAAAAUUUUGAUUUGUCAAAGAACUAUUUUGCUAUUUCUGGCUUAUUGUUAGGUAAAGUAUUCAAGACUACUUUUGAAUGAAGAGUACAUUGGAUGUUGUAGCAUGGUUCAUUACGCUACGCACAUGACCAUCAAAGCUGAGCCUUUGAUAGCAUGAGUAAUGUGUACACAAUUUAAUAUAGUUCCACUUAGUUUCUUUCUUACCGACCUUGUCUUUCAGAAUUAUUUUUCACUCAACUGCUGAACUGGUUUGUUGCUAGUCUGUUUCUAGUGUAAAAGAAUGGUAGCAGCCUGUAGCAGUUAUGAAUAUUGGUGCAGCUUUUUCGAAAUUUAAAAUGGAUUCCAUGAAACAGUUGCUGUUCGAUUACUCGAUCUCAAUGUGAAAUGUAAUAUACAACCAUAAAUAGGUUAACAGCUGUUAUUUCUCCCUAAUCCAUUUCACCUUUGAAUAUAACAGCUCAUGCUAAGUGCAGUUCCAUGGAUGAUAGCUUAACGGUGUCUCACAGCUCUUCAUCUGAACAACGAAUUGGGAGGUUUUUUGAAAAUUAAGAUGCAGCUGACUUUAAUCUUAGUAUUUGUACUGCACUUUCCAGUGAGAGUUGCUGGUCAGUGAUGAGGGUGGAGUUGUGAGCAUGUGUCUUUAUCUCUUUCUGUAACUCUACAAUUCAGAGAUUCGUAGUGGUUGUCAUAAUUGCCAAUGGAAAUUUUGUGUAGGAAGAAAUAUGUCAUGGAAGAUACCCACUCAGCCAUAAAGAUAAUAUUGAUCUUGAAUACUGUGGUUUGCUGUACUGUUCCUAAAGUAGAAAUGUUUACCCCAAUCUCUUUUACAAGUUUGUUGUUGUUAAGGAGAAAUUUGAAGCAUGAUGUCUACAUCUUCCACUCUGUAAAAAUUGGAAUUAGUUUUUUCUUUCUUCAUUCUCCUCCUCCUCAUUUGAACUGUAGUGUUUCACUGAUAACCCUGCACUGCCCAAUUUGCUACCAAACUGGUGUGAAUUUCAAUCAACCUAAUUGAUGCAAAUGGUUAUUGUUGCAUUCUGUGUUUUAGAUUUUUAAUCAUAAGUGAUGCUAAUUAGGUUCUCCCUUAGAGUAAUUCAUUGUAAUAUAUAUAUUUUGUACCUCUUCUGAGUCUGAAUUACAAAUUCAGAUCAGACCAAUGUAUGACUGAAAGUCUUUGCAUUUGUAAUUUUCUAGUAGUGUCCCAAAGUAAUUUUUCACAAGGCGUUUGAUAUUUUCUGCAUUAUAGGUGCAUGUUUUGUGUGCUAUUACCAUAACAUGGUUUCUACCCGAAAGUUUCACUGAAAUUCUUCAUGGUGGUCCUUCAUCUAAUGAGCUAAUAAAUAAAAUGUCUUUCUAAAUUACCCUAGAAAGGUAAUUCACAUUUGAUUACACAGUUCAUGUUUUUCCUUUUAAAAAAAUUACAAUAAUUGUGGAGCUUAUGCAAAUACUAUUGUACUUGAUGCAAAAUAUCUAACUGUAAAUAUUUUCAGGCACUGUUAUUGUGUUAUGCACCGUAAUCUGUGUCAGGUGUGUAGUUUACUUUUUGGGGGCAACUGCAUUAAAUGCAUGUUAACAUGAACACAAUAUUUCUUGGAAUAAUUUCAUCACUUAUACUGACUCUUGGUUCAAGUAUGAACAACAGUGACUUGCAUGUUUACAUCUACUUACUGUGUGUGCAUAAUAUCUGUACUAAUAAGCAACUGUACAAAGUCGAUAUGUACUCCUUUUUCAAAAAGUUGUAUAAAAUAUUGGUAAUAAUCCAGCCACUAAAAUGACUUAAACUUGAUGAUAAAAUGUGAGGCUGGAUGAACACAGCAGGCCAAGCAGCAUCUCAGGAGCACAAAAGCUGACGUUUCGGGCCUAGACCCUUCAUCAGAGACAUUACAAGAGAGUUGCAAUGGGAGAGAUAUUCCCUGAGGUUGGUCCGGAGGGAGGAGGGUAACUCCUUCAGGUUAGGCAUCUCUGGAAGAGGCUUCGCAGUGAGGUUAAAAUAGUAUCAGAGAUAAUGGGAACUGCAGAUGCUGGAGAAUUCCAAGAUAAUAAAAUGUGAGGCUGGAUGAACACAGCAGGCCAAGCAGCAUCUCAGGAGCACAAAAGCUGACGUUUCGGGCCUAGACCCUUCAUCAGGGAGCUUAAACUUGAGAUUGUUUUCCUUUUUUUUUCUGUUUCCUGAAGAAUAGGUUGACUGUUGGUGAUCUUAUUUCAUUUAAUCCAUUAUGGUCAACUCAUUGAACUUCGAAAUUUGCACCUAAUUGUUGGUGUUAAUUUCCGUUUUACUUUUCUGAAAACCCAGUCCAAAGAAACUAUACAUGACUGAACUUUUGACACCAGUAGAUUUAAAAAUUUUCAAGGGCAUUACCAUUCACUUUUAAAUGAAAGCGAAAGUGAAGAAGAAAGACUGGUAGUUUGAGCAUUUAUGAAUUUGGGUACCAAAAGACACUCAGCUGAAAUAUUUUUGUGGUGUUGGUUAUCUUUUCUCUAUCUUUUAGUUUUCUAGCUCCAUUGUUUAGUUAGUCCACCUUCGUACUAGAAAUCUAAAGCACACAUUGGCUUCAGUCACCCUUGUUGUCCUCUGGCAAAUAGUGAUUUUGGUGAAAAUUCACUAUGUAAUGUCUCUUCUGUGAGUCAAGCCAUCUCUGAAAUCACAAAUAUAUAUAAAUAUGUUUGCAUCUUUGCCUGAAAUAUUAAAUUUUGGCUUUGAUAGGUCAGUAGAUCUAUUGUGAUUCCUGAGCCAAGUGAGGAGUGACUGUCAACACUAUUCUCGUCUUCACGUUAAUAUGCAGAUUUCCAAUAAACAUUGGAAACAGAUCAAACUGAAAACUGAGCCAAUUUUGAGUUUGAGGCUUUGUAAGUAAAUUAUUGUUUUGAGUCAAACUAUUGGGCAAAGUGGGAGUUUAAACUUGGUAGCAUAGAAAAGGGGUCAAUAUCAUUUGUUUUUAAUGCUUAAAACAAAGUCCACCAGAUAAGACUUUUUGCUGCUGACUAUUGUUAUGUAAAACAUUGAUCUACAUGUAUAAUUUUCAAUCUGUUCUGAUUGAUCAGUCUUACAAGAUGAGAUCAUUAUUGCACUGUGGCGCAUAACUUGCCAAAAUGUGCAAGAGACAUUUGCUUUAUAAGUUGGAAGCCACCCGUGUGCCUCUCAACUUCAGAGACUUUAUUUGGGAAAAACAUAGUUUUCCUUUUCGUUGCAUCUCUAUAAUUUUCAAAUACAUAUGUCCCACUGCUUCUCAAGUGCUACUGUACAAAUAAUUGUCAAUGUGUGAAAAAGCUAAAUGUCUGAAACAGUAGGCACCUGGAUGGCCCAUUUUAUUAAUCUAUUGUCCCAAUAAUUGCAUGAGUAUUCUAUAUACAGUCACUUUUUGUUUUCCACAUUUCAUAAUAGGUUGUCAGUUUUUAAAAAUUAAGUCUAAUCUAUGUAGUUCUGUGCAAUGUUCUUUCGGGACACAUCAACAUUUUGAAAAUUUAUUGGUUCCAACAACAGCUAAUGUGACUUGUACUUAGAAAUUGAAUUUGCCAUGGUAGCAAGUGGAACUUUUUCCCAUGUUGUAUUUGCUUAAAUUGAGAAAGACAUCAUGAAUGCUAACUACACUUUAUUUUCACAUGGUUAUUCUGUAACUUUGACCUUGUCUUUCAAAUGCUUUGGCUUAUAGCAUUUUAAAUAAGUCAGUUUGAUCUCUUGUGUAUUGUGUGUACCAAAUGAUAAUAUAUUCCUUGCAAUUUAAUAAUCUGCCUGCACUACAAACUCAUAACUUUGUAAUAAAUGGGAAGAAACUA